AUGAGUUUUAUUGGAGAAAGGUUAUUGGAGAACAUAGAUGCACAUCUACUCCAAGCUUUUCCUUCUAAUGCUAAUGAAAAUUUCGCAGGAAUAUCCAUGAUUCUGGUUGGCGAUCUUGGACAAUUGCCUCCGGUCAACGAUACGCCGCCAUAUAAUAGCAGAAGACGGGCAGAACUUUUGUGGGAACAAUUUACAACUAUUAUUACUUUGGAUCAUAUCUAUCGACAAGAAGGCCAAGGCAGUGACCAAGAACGGUUUCGACAACUGUUAAUGAACAUAAGAGAUGCAAAACCAACAUUGGAUGAUUGGAUAUUGCUAAUGACAAGGUCUUCUAUGACAAUUGAUACAACAACCAACCAAGAAUUUGAUAGCUGUGUGCAUUUAUUUUCAACAAACGACAAUGUUCACAACCACAACAAGAAAAAAUUACAAUCAUUAAAAAAUCCAGUUGCACGCAGCAUUGCAUCAAAAGUACAAAAUGUUACUGCUAACCAAAGUGGAAUGGAUGAUGAACUUGAUGUAGACUUAUUAUUAUCCAAAAAUGCCAGAGUAAUGUUGACAUCAAAUCUAUGGAUAGAAGCAGGACUUGUCAAUGGAGUUUUAGGAAAUAUUAGAAAAAUUGUUUAUAAACUAGGAAGUGCACCACCUCAACCACCAGCAUACGUGUUAGUUGAAUUUGACAAUUACUCCGGACUACCAUUCAAUGAUCGUCAUCCAUCCUCAAUUCCAGUUCUAGCAAUUGAAAGAGGUGGUUCUUCUCAAAUACCAUUGCGCUUGGCACUAACGAUACACAAAUCUCAAGGGCUCACUCUUCAAAAGGCUACCAUCGAUAUAGGGCCAACUGAAAGAACCAGUCUCACAUUUGUGGCAAUCUCUCACGUGAAAAGCUUACAGGGCCUACGGAUCAUGCCACCAUUCAGCGAUGAUAGGUAUGAGAAAUUAAACAAAGGCAAACAAGUCGUCGGCAGGAAAAGAGAAGAAGAAAGGCUUCAAUCCAUCCAGAACAAUUCACGUGCUUCACAUAAACCCAAAGACGUGGACACAACUUUUACAUUCAUAAGUACCAAUUGUAAAAUGUAUUGCACUGGCUAUUACUGCAAAAUAUAA